AUGCAAGAUCAGGUCAAAACCAUUUUGGCGAAACUUAAACCUCAUUUUGUUUUCUUUGAUUUCGUACAAAACUGGCUACCAAAAAUAGCUUCUAAACUUGGCAUCAAAUCUGUUCGCUUCUCUGUCUAUUCUGCAAUUUCUACUUCUUAUCUAUCUCCACAUUUAAGAAUUUCUGAAAAAAGAAACAUGACUUAUGAGGACCUUAAAAAUCCUCCAUUUGGGUAUCCUCAAAAAUCCAAAACUUCCCUUCAAACCUUCCAAGCCAAAAUGAUCUUUCCGAUGAUGUUCCAGAGAUUUGAUGACAACCCAAUUGUUUCUGAUAGAGUCACGCAGAUACUCGGUGAAUGCUCACUAGUAGUGUUGAAAAGUUGCAGGGAAAUAGAAGAUAAUUUUCCAACAAAGUCAGUCAUAUUGUGUUCCUUUGGCAGUGAAACAUUUCUAAGUGAUGAUCAAAUCAACCAACUAUCAAUUGGGUUGGAACUCACAAGUUUACCUUUCAUUUUGGUUUUGAAUUUUCCAUCAAAUUUGAAUGCUGAGGUUGAGUUGAAAAGAGCAUUACCAAAAGGCUUCAUAGAGAGAGUGAAGAAUAGAGGAAUUGUGCAUAGUGGUUGGUUGCAGCAGCAACUUGUUUUAAAUCACUCAAGUGUAGGGUGUUAUGUGUGUCAUGCUGGUUUUAGUUCUGUGAUAGAAGCUAUAGUUAAUGAUUGUCAGUUGGUGCUGUUACCUUUCAAGGGAGAUCAGUUUUUGAAUUCUAAGCUUGUUGCUGAUGAUUUGAAAGCAGGGAUAGAGGUGAAUAGGAAUGAUGAAGAUGGGUUUAUUCAGAAAGAGAAACUGUUGGAGGCUGUGAAAGCUGUUAUGGUGGAGGUUGAUAAAGAGCCUGGGAAAGAGAUAAGAGAGAAUCAUAUGAAAUGGAGAGAGUUUCUGUUUUAUAGGGAAAAGUCAGAACAAAUUCAUUGUAAUGUUUGUUUGGUUUGA